GUUAAUUAUUACUGACGGGGUCGUACACCUGGCCAUAACUUAGGUCUCCCAAAGGCCAGCAAAAUAAUUUUCCUAACAUGAACGAUUCCAGCUCUUGAACGAGGUUCGAAGACACGUCGUUUCGACAUUUAUGUAUGCAGCGGAAUAAGUCAUGUAAGAUUUAAUUUUUGAUAAUAUGCCCUUUAUUAAAUGAUAACAAUGUAAAACAAAAAAAUGUUGUCACUUGUAAUUUCAAAAUAUACUAUGGAAGCCUGAGGGCAGUUUUGAAACCUAAACAUUUCUACAUACAACAAGUCUUAUUAUAGCAAAAUUUAAUUAAAAUAUGUACACGCUUCUGUGUCAUAGGAAGUAAAUGACGCGAUGUACUAAAAUAUAGGUGUAAAAGCGUAUGUUUACUUGUUUCCUUUUUUAUUUUUUAGCGAAACAAAUGGAUUGAAAUUAGAACAGUUUUUUAUUACGAAAAGGACGCAAAACACAUUUUGUUUAGUUAAUACAGUUUAUGUAUGUCGCCAGCUAUAUAAUAGUUGCACUUUUCUCUUUAUCUAGGAAAAAUAAAUUUCUUACCGUUGCGUAAACACUUUUCGCAGGACUAUAGAGCCAUCUGAAAACUUCAGUAUACAUUCUAUCAGAUAAGCCUCAAACGUUGUAGACAGUUGGAUAUGGCGUUACGGCAAUUGAUUUUUCUCUGUUUACUUGCAACUGUAUUAUGCGUAAAGGUUAAGUUAAAUAAGAAAUUCAUUAACCAGGCUCUAAAAAGACACAAUGAAAUCAGAGCUCUACAUGGCGUAGACCCUGUCGUUAUAAGUAACAGACUGUCAAAGUAUGCUCAAAAACGGGCAAACAAACUUGCAAAAAGGAGGGACCUUGUGCACCGGCCGAACAUAAAGUACGGAGAAAAUCUUUCCUUUGUUUCGGGAUCAGCAUCAGGUAUGGACCAUGUAGACAACCUGUACACAGAGGAAGAGCAACACUAUAGUGACAACAAUUACUACGGAAGAGAACCCCCGCAGUCGGACUUUUUAAAUUAUGGACAUUUUACGCAGAUAGUUUGGAAAGGAAGUAGGAAGAUCGGCGUUGGAAAGGCGGGUGGAUAUGUUGUGAUCAGCUACGAGCCAGCAGGCAACUUCCUUGGCCAAUUCAGAGAAAAUGUUUAUAAAAAAGUCUAGACGACACUAUCUUCUGUUAAUUAUUUAUCAGAAAAAAAUUAUUAAAAAGGCAAAUAAAAAUUACUUUUUGAGUGAUUAUUCUUAUAUUUUAAAUGAAAGAUCAAAGUGUACAGUAUCCAUUUUGCCAUUUUUAUAUUUUGCAAUGCAUUUCGUAGUAAUGUUCCAACAAUAAUGUAGAUCUAGAUCUAGAUGUAACCAUUGUAGAGAAAACAUACCAAGAACGCAAACCUUAUUUAAGAAAUAAUAAAUCUGUUCCUAUACGGAUAAAAUUCUUCAA